CAAGAGGAUCGCUAGGGCGAACAGGAUCAUGGGUCAACAUCUGGGAAAGCCGCUGUCGGUGUCCAAGGGAUCCUCCACCGUAUCUGAUCAGAUGUCAGCAGACUCGCCGGAGGCACAGGACGAGGUGUUUGGACUGGGGGAGGCGGACCUGAACCAGAACAAUGGCUCUUCCAGCAAGAGUCCAGCGCUGAGCGACUCCACGACGGAGGCAGUGGAUCAGGGCAUCUGGAAGCAGUCGAGCGGCACGACCCCUGACCCCGACGGGCCCCGCCCACACCUGACCCGCCUGUUCUCUCGGGACGCCCCGGGGCGAGAGGACAACACCUUCACAGAGCGGCCCUCAGAGUCGGACGAGCUGCAGACCAUCCAGGAGGACCUCGAGUAG